AUGGAACUUGAUUGGCUUACAUUUGGGCUCGAUUUGAAGAAUGCUUUUUUGGAACUGACCGGACAGAUGGAUCAGGAGAUAUUUCUUCAAGUAACCGUUUCCUGGCUUCAGCGUCAAGAAUCGGUGAUGAAUACAUCACUGCUUGUUCACGUGAAAUCGAAUUUGAGUUAUCAGAGUCUCAUAUUCGUCUUGAUGUUAUCGAUUACACGCAGUCGAAAGGAGACAACUUUUAACUUGGAAUAUUUUGCAACCAAAGAAGCAAUAUUGACAACACCACCUAAGACCCAUACACUUCCAAAACCAUUCAAUCCGAAUGCAGACAACCCUCUGAAAUAUGGAAUUCGAACAAGACAGGCAAACGAAUUAGCCAUGGCUGAACACAGCAGAUCACAACGUGUGUAUACUGUUAAAACUCUUAAAGACAUCUUGCUCAAGGCAAACUCAUGGGACUCCAUCGAAGACGACUUUAUGGGAAUAUGCAAAUGCAUUGAAGAGAGCCUGAAAGAACAGAAGAGUUUAGAAAAGAUUAAACCAAUUUUCAAAAAACUUGAGAAAUCGUGGAAAAAAGUAUUAUCAUAUGAAGAAUACAAGCAAACCAAGACAAACUUAUGCAAUCCAAGUUAUUUAUCGAAGUAUCAACAAACACAAUUGGAUGCUCUUGAAGAUGUAGGAUAUAACAGAACGACAAGGAAUUCCAAUUCAUCCAUGAGUGCUCCAACAACACCAGACAAAACAUCGGCGAAAACGACAGCAAAUCAGGAAUCCGUGUCAAUGGUUGCCGAUAUGAUUGAACGACUAACAAAUGAGCUUCAAGUGGAAAAGGAAAAGUUAGCUCUUUUGGAAAAAGAACACAGGCAUAUUAGCCUUCCACUGUAGUCGUUACUUAAUCAGAGUACGGAUAUUGAAUAUUUGUUAUCAACAACUGGGAAAGGAAAGAAAACUAAGGUAAAAGGCAAUGGUGAUAAUGUUCCUGUCAGUUGUCUGGCUACCUAUGCCAUACCAUGUUUAAAGCGAUGUGUGGCUAGCAUAGAAGCACUAAAAGACCACACCAAGGAGAUGGAAAGGGAGACAACCGUACUUACCAGUCAUGCGCUACAACUUCGAAAUAAGGUGUUACCACUAUCCGAAAUGAUUGAUACCUUCCAAACCCAAUGGCAAAAAUUUCAGCAAGUGCCACAUAAGAGGAAAAAGAAAAAGAAGGGAAAGAGAAAUAUACCAGUUUCUCUACCUGAAGUGUGUCAGUUCAACGACGAAAUGACAGCAUCUGAAGUUAUCACAUGCACAGGACAGACACUGAUUGAAAUGAAAACUAUUUUUGCAAAACUACAAGAAGUGAUGGGAUGUCUUAAUGCCAUGCGCGACAUAGAGUCAUGGAUUUCCACAUCAGUUGAUGAUGUCAAAUCUAGAAAUGAAAUUCUAUCUCAAUCUGCAUCGUCAGUUACCGACGAAAGCUCAUUGUUAAGAAUCCCUGCCAAAAUCAGAAUACACAUGGAGGGGUUUUUUAAGGACUACGUAGGUCAGUGCAAUGAGGUUUCUACACUGAAAGAUGACAUUCAGCAUAUAAAAAAUGAAAAGUUGGAGCUUGAAGUCAGAAUCCAAGAAAUAGAAAAAGACCAUGACAAAUUCGAGACAAAAAUGAUUUCAAAAAAUACAGAUAUCAAACAUUGUAUACCAGGCAGAGACAAGGAAAUUGAGGACCUGAAACAUCAGAAUGACCAGCUACUGCACAGACAAGAAGAAGGAAGAUCGGCUUUAUUGCAACUCAAAAGAAACAUGGAAGAUGUUGCCGCUCAAAGUCAAGAGAAGGACAAUCUGCUUCAAACAUGCAAAAUGGAAUUGUCAUCAAAAGUGGUGGAAAUCGGAACACUUGAGAAACGGUUAUCAGCUAAAGACACUCAAAUUGAAGACUUGAAAGAGCAGACUGGCAAACUGCUUAAUAGGAUAAGCAAACAGGCCGAAGUGAAAUUAAAAGAUGGUAACCAUGCCAUCACUGACCUCAGCGAUCCCAAUCGACCGAUAAAUCUGGCGGAGAAGUUCAGUGAACUGUAUGACAAUGAAUGGACAGAAGCAUUUGAAGAGGUGACGGAAACCAAACGCAAGGAAAUGAAAUUGACAGACAAGGAAGCCAUCGGUUUACUGCUGCAAAUACUCUGUGAUACAGACGAGUACUGUAGGAGGCAAACUGAGACACAGUGGUGUGAAAUAUUAGAGGCAGUGAGUCAGCAAUCACAUGAUCAAUCACCACAGAUCCCUCAAAUUUACGUCAAAGAUUUAAGAAAUGUGAGAAAAAUGACAAGUUCCCUGUCAGCAGAAGGUGUCAUCAAGAAGUUUUUUGCUUCUGAAUUCACCUGUACAAACCCGAAGCUCGCGGAAGUAGGUAAAAACCUAGAAAUAUAUAUCCGGAGAUGUCUAGAAAUAUGUUGGUUGAUGUCAGCACAGAACCCUCCGCUCUUCCUCUACAAAGACGUGGCAUCGAACGACCAAUUCAAUGACGACUACUUCAAGUUCUACACUUGUGCAGGGAGGACUGUGGAUUUUCUUGUCUGGCCAGCUCUCUUAAAUUAUGAGAAUGGGGACUUGCUUCGCAAAGGUGUUUGUCAGGGACUGAAAAAAUGAUCGAAAGCAAGCAUUUGUUCCUUGUCCGUCCAGUUUGGUUGCCCUCUACAAGAAUUGAAAGCAAGGAACACCAGUAGUAUUAUACAAAGCGUAAUUCUAAAUGCUGACAAUGAACCUAAUGUCAUUUAGUUUCAUCUUUAACAACGAAAAUGUAAAAAAUAAACUGCUUCCUAAAUAUAUCAUACAACCAUUCUAAAAUAGGUCAAAUAUAAAUUUGUAUAGU